AUGUCUUCCAGAGAACCUUCUGCCAAUCAGCAACACUUUCUCUCGUUCAAAACGAAUUUCUUUUCAUCGGAACUUCAACGACCCUUCUCAUGGCCACGUUUCCUCCUUAUCGGAUCUUGUGGAAUUGCAUCCACUGCAUUCCUCUUUUGGAAAUACUUUUUAAAGUCACUGUCUACCAACAAGAAGGAAACACCAUCAUCAAAUGACCAACUUGUUCAACUUCCUCAUGAUCAUCAUUCAUUCACCACCAACGAAGAGCUCAUUCAACAUUUAAAGAAUUCCAUAAAUCUUUCUCCAAUUUUGGAAAACAUUUUCAGAACUACUGACCGAGGAAAAUAUGCCAUCGAUUUCGAAUUGGAAAAGAAAGAUUUCGAAUUGGUUCGACCUUAUGCAGAUGCUGCGAUGCCUCUUCGAUGCAACGCCACUAUUUCUGCUCCUCACAUACAUGUCACUUGUCUUAAUGCAGUUUUGGAUGUUUUUGAAAAUGUUCGAAAAGAUCGGUCAUCAUCCUAUCGAUCGAUUUCAUGUUUGGAUAUUGGAAGUGGAAGUGGAUUUGUGAGUACUGCUUUGUGUCACUUGUCAGAAUAUUUUGAUUUGACAGAGGGUUCAAAAAUUUUAGCCAUUGAUCACAUGCAAGAAUUGGUCAAUUUAGGACAAGAGAAUGUCGAGAAGGAUGAACGAUCCAGAAAGUUCUUAACUAAUUCUUCAGGAAUUCACUUGGUGUUCAAAAAAGGAGAUGGUUACGAUUCAGAAAAUAUUCGACAACUUUUUCACGAAGCAUUCUCCUCAAAUGAACACCAUCCAACACUAGAUCCUUCCAUGUCUCAUUCAUUGUCCAUUCUUCUUCACAGUUCUGAGACACCUCUCUUUGAUGUCAUUCAUGUCGGAGCUGCCUCUCCAACUCUUCCCAAACAUCUCUAUUCACUUCUCAAACCAAAUGGAAGAUUGAUUUGCCCAGUCGGUCCUUCGAAUGGCACUCAAGAAUUACUUUGCGUUGUCAAGUCUGUGAAAGCUCUUAAAAAACAUUCGCGAAUGGAAAAUUCAGAAUUCUCGGGUACUCCAAACGACACAAUGAAUGUGGUACAACAAGAAUCAAUUCCAAUGGAAACUCAAAUGUUGGUUCAAAGUAUGACCAAAGUUCAUUUCGUUCCAUUGUUUUCGAGUGAGAAGGAACAAGAAAGACAUUUGAAUCGAUCGAAUCCAAAAGUCGUGUCGAAUCCACAAACUGGUGAGAAAUUUAUUGUCUUGCCAUAUGUUCAUUUCUGUGCUCAUGACGAAUCGAACACCAUUACAAGUCUAAAAGACAUUCAAUGGGAAGGAGAUGCUGAAUGA